CUGUUCGCACCUAGUUGCUAGGUACAAGAACUUACACGGGCUGGCAACCCAAUCUGAGCUAGUAGAUGCGUCCUGGACAUGGCCACUUCCGAAUCUGGACAUAUUCAUUGCCUGUAACUCCUCCUACAGGACCCCGCAUUGGCUCGUUAACAUUACAUAGAUUUUUAUUGUUGGUCCGAGGGACUUGACGAGUUGGAAAGCAAGCAAGAUCAGGGAAUAACGGUCUCAGCCUUGAUGUGCAGAGCGGUAAACCCAGAAGAUACAGCUCAUGAAGGAAGGCAGGCAAACAUAUCUCGCUUCCUACGCGGCGAAUAUAGGUUGCGGGAAUAAAUGGAUGUGUGCAAUCCGCACACCCGGCUUCACUGAACGCCGUGGUACCUGUGCCAUCAGAUCUUCACCCCUUUUGGUUACAUAUUCUGGAGAAUAGUAGAAGGCACUUUCUACAAUUCCAUGUCGAAGCAUGGGAUGUGUAUUUCAGGUCUAUUUAGUUGCUACCAGGGGCGGUACCCUGGAACACACUUAAAGUUAAUGGCCAUGUAGCCUCAGUCCCAACAACCACUCCCAAAGCAUGCAGACUGCUGGGGCUGGUACUAAAGCAGCCCUAGCACACUAGUGUUUCGAAGCGAGACUAUAUACUCUUUCUAUGUAUGCGUACAUUAGUG